CUGUCCCACUUCAAAGGAAACGAUCAAAUGUCAUGAUACGCCAUACGUCCGCACUCAUACACUCUCUCAACCAACCAGACUAAACAGCCACUCGUUCAAUCCCAGGUCGCGUCCCGCUAAGUCGCUCGCGUGGCUUUCACCUGGUUCCGAGAGGCUUGAUUUGAUCCACGGGGAAAGGAACCAGAGUGGCUUGAACCUCGCUACGCGACGUGUUAAUUGACGUCAAGAGAAACAAAGGAGAAGAAAAUAAUAAUAAAUAAAAAAAGGAAAAGAAAAGGAGAAACCCACAACGAGGAUACAUACUGUUUUGUACGGCCAAGAACCGGCGCGGGGAGCCGCCACCGGGGUGGCCCCAACACUAACCUUGUUCCUGGAUCCCGCGGCCCGAUCCCCCGACCGACAUGUCCCCGGUUGAGGGCACCGCGGAGCCUGUUGCUGUUAAUGGUGAUGGUGAUGGCGGCGCCGCUACCACCGCCGCUUCCGCAGCCGCUUCCGCGCCUCCACCGGUCGCGAGGCGCCGGACGCAUCGAAAGUCGAGGCACGGAUGUGCAUACUGUAAAGGAAGGAGGAUAAAGUGCGAUGAGCUGAGGCCGGCAUGUUCCAACUGUGUCAUUCGUGGGCUUGUCUGCAGCCUGAGCGCGACUGUGGCACCGGCAACCGACGGCAACGGAUCAGGUAACGACGGUAAUGGCCCGCUGUCCUCAACUUCCGAGGUUGGGCCGUUAUCCAGCCUUAUAGAUAGCUCUCCCGCCGCUCCCGUCCAGCAACUGCCUCUACCACCAUUACCGCCGACAACCGUACGCUCGCCUCCGCAAAGGCGAUCAUUUGGCCUAUUCCCCCUAGCCACUAGGAAUCUAGGGGCUCUCGCCAUGGCAGCAACCAGUCCCCAUGCGGCCCUUGAACAGCAUUCGGCAUCUGUCACACCCACUGCGCCUCACCAGCAGCAACUUCCUCCCGCCUCUCCCUACCAGCAAACCCCUUACACCAGCAUCAGCUCCGGGCUUCCCAUGAUGACUGGUGGCCUGGACUAUGACGACCUCCAUCUCCUCCACCACUUCGUCACCUUUACCUCCAAAACGUUUGGUAACGCCCACAUCAUCCAGCGGUUUUGGGCCACUACAGCCCCGGAAGUCGGCUUCCAGCACCAUUUCGUGUUACACGCCAUCCUGGCCGUCGCAGGCCUUCACCUAGCACAGCUGAGCGUCCCAAACUCUGCCAAGCGCCAACACAUACGGCGCAAGGUCGAUCACCACUGGGAUGUGUCCCUCCGACUCGCCACCCCGUUGCUCGGCGACCUCAACGCCGACAAUUGCGAUGCGUUGAACGUGUUUACAGGCUUGACGUGUAUAUACAUAUUCGCCCGCGGCCCUCAAGCAGGGAGUUAUCUUCUAUUCGACGCCGAAAGCCCCGUAGGAGGAGAAGGCAGUGCCGAGACACUGAUCGCGAAUGGGGCACUCAACGGGGAUGGGUUGAUCGAUGGCAGCGCAGUGGCUGCUGCAGCCACCAGAGGCAUAAGCACGACCGAGGAGUGGCUGGUGUUCUUCCGCGGCUUGCGGUCCGUCAUGAAAGCAACCGAGACGGCCCGCAGGGCUAGGAAGGGACGUAGCAUGAGCUCCGUCAGCGAUGACCAGCCGUGGGGCCUGAUGGACCAGAUGUUUGGCCCCGACGACGUCAUGACCGAGGAGGACCUCGACGAGCUCCACGGCGAAGACCAGGUCAUGAGCGAGCCCGACGUGGAGCAGAGGCUGAUGCACGACGGCAGCUCGGAGCGACGCUCCAGCAUGGCCUCGGGCAGCCACCAGUCGUACUACCGCCGCCGCCGCGACCCCCUCGCCGACGGCGGGUUCGCGACCCGCAGCACCCCGAUGAAGGACCUCCGCGACGUCAUCCGCCAGCAGAUCCGGGCAGACGACCCGGACCGCGAGGUGUACGCGUCGGCGUUUGCCGAGCUCGCGGCGUCGUACGCGACCGUGUUCGAAAAGGACAUGAGCACGCGGCAGACGAGCGCGCAGGUCGUCUUUGGCUGGAUGUACCACAUCUCGGACGACUUUAUCGAGCGCGUCAAGGCCAGGCACCCGGUCGCCCUGGCCAUAUUUGCGCAUUUCGUCGUGCUGCUGAGCGUCCUCGAGCUCAAGUGGACCACCAAGGGCUGGCCCGAGCAUCUCCUGUCUGGCAUAUACGACGCCCUGGGCGCGGCGGGGAGGCUUUGGAUACGCUGGCCCAUGGAGCGGGUCGGGUGGCUCCCUGGGUGAUGGGGGGGAAGCGUAAGGAAAUUGGGGGGCGACCAACUGGCUGGAUGAUGUUUCUACGAUUUUCGGGCAUAUGAAAGUCUGGGGCUGGAUGUUUUAAUGGAGUUGCGCGAGAGGAUCCGGCGAACAGUACACGAAAUAAGGGCACCACAGGCGGGCGCCUGGUUUGUAUUUUCUGGGGUUUUAGCAUCCAUCGUAGCAGCGGCUGCUUGCGAUUCAGCUUUGCACAUAAUAAUUUUCUAUCAAGUACGAGAAGCGCAUGGGUAGGAGGGCGAUAACCAGUUCUAGAAUGCUCAAGUAUCCCUACAAAUGACAUUUAUAUGCAGGUUGGGAAAGACAGAUACUUUAGGCAUAGACCAGGGAAGC